CAUUCCUCUUCGUUCAGUCCACAUGCAUUCAUUCUCGUUUCGCUAAAGGAGGUGUAGUUUGUUCGAUUGUUGCUGCUGAAAGGGGUUGGACAAAAAUAUUUUUCACCAUGAACAACUGUAAUAGCUUCGUCAACAUGGCGUCUAUAGGAGAUUUCGACCCGCUCAAUGCUUCCAUCCCCGCCACCAAAGUUGAAAUCACAGUGUCUUGCAGAAAUCUGCUGGACAUGGAUACCUUCUCCAAAUCAGACCCAAUAUGCGUUCUGUACACACAAGGCAUCGGCAAUAAGGAGUGGAGAGAGUUUGGAAGGACAGAGGUGAUUGAAAACACUCUCAACCCGGAGUUUGUUCGUAAAUUCAUCUUGGAUUAUUUCUUUGAGGAACGACAGAAUCUGAGAUUUGACCUGUACGAUGUCGACUCAAAAAGCUCCAACCUGUCAAAACAUGACUUCCUUGGCCAGGCGUUCUGUACGUUGGGAGAGGUGGUGGGAUCGCUGGGCAGCCGUAUGGAGAAACCUAUGGUGGGCAUUCCCGGAAAGAAGUGUGGAAACAUCAUUGUUAAGGCAGAAGAAAUGGGAAACUGCAGGGAGUCAGUGAUGAUGCAGUUCUGUGGGAAUAAACUGGACAAGAAAGAUUUCUUCGGCAAGUCAGACCCAUUCCUCGUCUUCUAUCGCAGCAAUGAAGACGGCACGUUCACAAUUUGCCAUAAGACAGAGGUUGUGAAAAACACACUAAACCCAGUGUGGCAGGCCUUCAAGAUACCUGUCAGAGCACUCUGCAAUGGAGACUACGACAGAACGAUCAAGAUAGAAUGCUACGACUGGGAAAGAGAUGGAAGCCAUGACUUCAUAGGAGAGUUCACUACCAGCUACAGAGAGCUAUCCAGAGGCCAGUCCCAGUUCAAUGUGUAUGAGGUUAUAAAUCCGAAGAAGAAAGGAAAAAAGAAAAAAUACCUAAACUCUGGAACGGUAACUCUGCUCUCAUUCCUGGUGGAUAUAGAAGUCACCUUCCUCGACUACAUCAAAGGAGGAGUGGGCCAAGGAGGGACCCAGAUUAAUUUCACAGUGGCAAUUGAUUUCACCGCUUCAAACGGCAACCCAGCCCAGCCCACCUCCCUCCACUACAUGAGUCCUUACCAGAUGAAUGCCUACGCCAUGGCCCUGAAGGCUGUAGGGGAGAUCAUCCAGGACUACGACAGUGAUAAGAUGUUCCCUGCUUUGGGCUUCGGAGCCAAGCUGCCCCCCGACGGACGGGUCUCACAUGAGUUCGCCCUGAAUGGCAACCCCCAAAACCCAUACUGUGCAGGUAUAGAUGGAGUGAUGGAGGCAUAUUACCAGAGCCUGAAGUCUGUCUGCCUCUACGGUCCAACCAACUUUUCUCCUGUCAUCAACCAUGUGGCCAGGUAUGCUGCGUCAGUGAAUGAUGGCUCUCAGUACUUCGUCCUUCUCAUCAUCACAGAUGGAGUCAUCUCAGACAUGGCCCAGACCAAGGAGUCCAUUGUCAACGCAUCGUGUCUUCCCAUGUCGAUUAUCAUCGUAGGGGUGGGACCAGCAGAAUUUGAUGCGAUGAUCGAGUUGGACGGGGAUGAAGUGAGGAUCUCGUCGAGAGGAAGAUAUGCGGAGAGGGACAUUGUUCAGUUUGUCCCGUUCAGAGACUACAUAGACCGGACAGGGAACCACAUCCUGAGUAUGGCCCGUCUAGCCAAGGAUGUCCUGGCUGAGAUCCCUGACCAGUUCCUCUCCUACAUGAGGACCAGAGGCAUCAAGCCCUUGCCCACACCCCCUCCCUACACACCCCCAGGGUACCCUGUCCAGAGCCCCGAUGGACACCCAUUAAAUACCCCCCCAGGACACCCCCUGCAGACGCAGAUCUGAAGGGUACGGAGAUGCCCCAUGGUCUCAAACAACACCUCUUCAAAUAUUUCUUUGUCUCUCUCCUCUCUGCAUCACUCAGUGAUAGGAGAGGCCUUCUUGGCUUUCUCGCUCUCUCUCUCAUUGCACUAAUGGAGACUGACUGACUGGCAGAAUGUUUUUACCGAGCGGUUCUACUUUGGAACGGGCAGAUGGAGUCAAUAAGGGCAUGUUUACUUUCGUUGUCAAGCGUUCCUUUGUCUGGACUUUCUGUAUAUCGGCAAAUGGAGACACUCUCUGGGACACAGAUAGACAGAGUCUGGUCUUCCCAGCUCACCUGGCAUGGAAUAGCAGAGUUAAGGAAAGGAUGAAUGGUGGAAGGAAGAAUGAAAGGAGGAUAGGAAGGAAUUUCCUGGGGACUGGCCUUUUCAGGAGCAGAGUGGUGAAAAGGUUAUAUUGUCUCUGGAUGUGGAAUCACUUGACUGUUGUACUGGAAAUGUAUUUCCUUCUCUCUCCCUCUAUCUCUGGUCUCUUUCUAUCUCUGGUCUCUUUCUAUCUCUCUCUACUCUGUCUCUCUAUUCUUCCAACUCUCACUCAAUGUUUACAGUACAUGUUAAUGAUAAUGAUUUUUUAUCAUUGGACACUUUUAUAUAAUAUUCGUACUUCUUUCAGUAUGAAACUUUGGAAUAUCAAUCGAUAUUCUCUCUAUCUCGCAGCGUGUUGUCUUUGCCACGGGAGUCAGGUUGAGGUUGCAACAGUGCAGGUCCAAGUAGCCACUGUAUUGUACUGUACUAUGCUAUGUGUCCGUUUGCAUGAGUGUAUCGUCAGAGCAUGCAUUGUGGUCCUACACUUCCCUGCCUGUCACUGCUCUCAGGCUUUGGGGUUCCAUGUUUUUAACUUUUAACUCUGUUGUUGAAGCGCAUUCUGCUCCUUUCUAAACUGCCUUGGCGAUAGGGUGCCCAUGCCAGCCACGCUGCGAGUGCCCACGGGUUUUCUCACUGUGUCGAGAACAACAGUGACUCAACCAACAGCAUAUUCCCUUCCAAUCCAUUUAAAUAACAACACCUGCUCUCAGAUCCAGUUUGAGACAACAGCAGAAGCCCAGUGGUCAAAAACAGUUUGGUUCUUGUUCUUUUGUGUUAUUAUUACAUUUACAUUUGAGUCAUUUAUCAGACGCUCUUAUCCAGAGCAACUUACAGGAGCAAUUAGGGUUAAGUGCCUUGCUCAAGGGCACGUCGACAGAUUUUUCACCGAGUCGGCUCAGAGAUUCGAACCAGCGACCUUUCGGUUACUGACCCAAUGCUCUUAACCGCUUGUUUGCCUUGGAAGCUGAUAUUCUUAAGUAUAUUGUUUUAAGUUGCCUUGUUAAGGUAAUUUUAUUGUUUUGAGUUGUGCCAAUAAAUAUGUAAUAUUAUUUAAUUGUUAUAAAUGUUAAGCCCUGAAUGUGUUGGCCCGAGAUGAUGGUGUCUGGUGGUUGUUAUGACAACGUGUUCUUCCUAAAUAUUGUAAUUCUCAUCCCAUAAUACCAAUUAACAAAUACCCACUGAGGGCUAGGAGUUUUUCCUCACAGAGGAAAAACUCCUGGCCCAUAACCAUUAUACACAGUCAACCCUCUUUUACUUCUUACAGCCAGGGUAUCCUCUUCAAUCUGCUGUCUUAAUGGGCUUAGAGUUUAUAUCAUCUGCCUUUUAAUUAUUAAUAAUACUAAUAAUUAUUAUCAUUAUAUAACUAUUAGCUAGUGCUUGUAUGGAGGUGGUGUGUAAUUGAUAACUUGAUUGGUUGCAUAUCAAUCAAUAUUCCUUAUCAAAUUAACAGACAUUGCAACACCACAUUUAUGUGUUUCGCAGUUGUUGCCAUUUGUUGCCAUUUUCAUGUGUGUGCCACUGUCGGUCUGUUACCUGUCUGUCUGUUGCCAUAUCAUUACUGAUAGACCGAUGCCCUUUGCCACACUUCAACCACAUAGCAACACCUCUGUUUCUCUCUCUGUGUAAUUCCUCCUCCUGCCUCACUGCAGCUCUGUGGACGCUGCCUCACAGAGUGCAAUAGACUGUGUUUCAAUGCUUAAAUAGGAUCGACUCCAAGCCAAUAAUAUUUGGCAUGGCAGGAGGAGAGAGGGGUGAGAGAGGGGGAUACAGCCCAGUGGGUUAUGUCAUUGGAGGGUCGUUCCAUGUCAUUUCAUCAUUCUAUGUCAAUGUUAAAGGAAUAGUUCACCCAAAUUACAAAAUUACAUAUUGGUUUCCGUACCCUGUAGGCAGGCUAUGGACAAAGUACGACAGCAUCCCAUUCUUUGGUUUUGUUCACCUGGCCACUGUUUUGAAUUCUAACUUUUUAGCAUUUGUCGCACACAUCCAAUGCAAGUCAAUAGUACCUAUAUUAGCAUUUCCGUGCUUCAUAUCCAAAUCAUCUGUGAUAACGUAAUUGAUUUGAACACGACGUGUGAAAAUGCCAAUAUAUAUCCUUUUUCUUGUGUGUUUUGAGGUGGAACGACCCUGGACAGAAGUAGACAAACAGGUCAACCCUCUGAUGUAGUCAGAAGAGUACGGGCAUUAGUGUUACAUGCCUGAGUCAACACAGUGCCAAACCUAUACAGAGAGAUGUUGGCUAGCCUAGAAAGAGAAUAACCUCACUCGGUAUAUUCAACAUGACAGUCUGUCAUUUUAACCCAUACAUUUUACACAACAUAUAUUUGAUAAGAAACCUCUGCCUUGUUUAAAAAAAGACAUAUAGUAGAAACACACUGUAUUUUUCUUUUCUCACGACUUUCACUAAUGUCUUCUUUCGUUGUGUUUUUCUCACACAUUUGAAAGCCUUCCAUAAUUGGCGCUCUGCGUCUGUAGUUGUAGCCUAGCCUUGAGUCUGUGUAUCAUAUGAAACCCUAGCGAAAUCCAUAUAGUGCACCACGUGGCUCUUGUCAAAAUAAAUGCAUUAUGUGGGGAACAGCUAGUGUGUUAUAUGAAACCCAGCUUGUCUGAGUCUGUGCUGCAGUCUCCCACUGGGCUUGUAGCAGAGCAGAGCAGGAGGUAUCAUUACGACUUUGGGUCACAGUCUAGAGAUCGUUAUAGGCUCCCAUUAACCACCCACAGGCAACUGACACAGUGUGGAUACACACGUGUGUGCGUGCAUAUACACACGCACACCGCUCACACACAGACACACAUACCGCUGAGACCAUGGUCACCAUCGUGGACUACUGACAUUGUCAUUUCUUAGUGCUUUCUCAGUUCACACUACUAUGGAAAGGAUCAUUCUUUUCUUUCACUGCUUUGCUAGUGCUACAACUCUUGCCAUCUGCUUGCCAAGCUGUGUGUGUGUGUGUGUGUGUGUGUGUGUGUGUGUGUGUGUGUGUGUGUGUGUGUGCCAGAGUUUAACAGACCAUGUGAGUUGACACACGUGAUCUUUGUUUACUAAAGAUAUACAAAUAAUAUAUUGUAUGCUCAUCAUAUCUACUUAUAACGGGCACUAUGUUUGCAUGUACAGUUUUACAUGAGAUGCACCAGUUCUUUUUGUUAUAAUUGGGUGUUUUGGAAAAAGAAAAUCUAUGAAAAUAACUGUACAAAAUUGCCUUAAAAACGUUCACUGAUUUCUUGGAAUUUGUGCGAUGCCUUCAGAUAUUGACUUGUUCUCUAUUUUGUGUCAGUGUACAAUAUUUGCUUUUCUAGUGUAUAUUUUCUUUGCAUAACUUCAUUUAUGGGGGAAAAAAUAUAUUGUAUUUUUGGAAUCGGUGGUAAAUCAGAUGAAAGCCUGACUGAAGUUCUGAUUGUCUGGUAAUCCAUAUUAUAGAUGACUAUUUCUGUAUUAAACUACUGAUUUUUAAAUAAAUAUUCUUACUAAACACUAA